CGUUAAAUUUAGCACAGAGAUGGACGAGUAAUUUCAGUUCGUUGGAUCACAAUUUCUGUUACGAAAUGAACAUUUAUUAAAUUUUUCUAUGUAAUGAGUGAAAAAUCAGUAGGCUCUAAGGGUAAACCACCUGAUAAGCAAGAUGUAUCGGAUGGCGGAGCCGAUGUUACAAAGGAAAAGUCGGGUAGUAAUUUGAACGAAAACGCAAGUAGCAGAACAACUUCAACAAGGAUUGAGAAAGUAGAAUCCCCCAAAAUUUAUGAAAAGUCCAAAACUUUGGACAAAAAGAUUGACAUUAAACCACAAAUGAAAAUAAAUGGGAUAAAAAAUGGAGUCUCCAAACCAAGUUCCCGAAGAGAAGAUGUAGGAAGUGGCAGGUUUUCUUCCUCAGCUAACAGAAGUUCAAGCAGAGGGAAGACGGAAUUCCAGUCUUCUGCAUUAACUGUGGCGUCAACUCAGUCAAAGCAGGACACUAAAAAGAGUGAACCAAGCAAAAGUUUUAAUGAUGAAUCAAGAUUGUCAAAGUACAUUAGAAGAGUUAGUCGGGAUUCUGACAAAGAGAGAAGAUUAUCAUCAGCAAAACAGUUGAAAGAUUAUCUUAAAACACAAGAGGGCAUCAAGGCUGCUUCUAAAGUAGCAGAUGAUAUCCUCAGUUCUCUUCAACAUGUUUAUUUUGAAAGAGCUAGCAGAGAGUUGAAGCAAGAUGUGGCUAUUUGUAUCGGACUUGUUGGAGGAAUUAUGGGACAUGAUGGACACAGGUAUUACCAAUGGCUGUUUGGACAGAUUAACAACGUCAUUGACGAUGAUAAUAAUAAAGCCAAACUUCUCUACAUGGACUCACUGCUAGAGACAUUGAAGUAUGAAGAGAAGAAGCAAGCUGCUGCCAGUCUGAUGCCAAUGGUUAUGGCUAAUGUACAGACAUUGUUAGAGAAUGCAGACACUCCAGAAGUCCUCAUGGCCGUGGUCAACAUCAUUCUACACAUAUCUAAACAUUAUAGUCAUGUGUUUACAUCACAUUUUAGGGAUACAGUAGAUAUACUAGUUGGUUGGCAUAUUGACACAACACAGAAAGAUAGCUUGACUACGUUUACUUCUAAAGCUUUGAUAGAAAUGAACCCCUAUUGGGUCGUUGAUUUUAACUUCUCCAUCACUCUACUGGGACAAUUCUUGGAGGAUAUGGAAGCCUAUGCUGAGGAUUUGACAUACAGUUUCUCUGGACAAGCUUACCCUGAUGAAGAAUUACCACUUCCUGAGGAAUGCAUCAUUAAGAUCACAGCUCUACUCAAAGUUUUCACAACAGUUAUCCAAAGUUUAGGAGACAGUUUCUCUGGUACAAAAGGAACAGACAUGACAACAGAUGAAGUUCUAGAGAUAUUGGACAGAAUCGUCAAGAGUGUAGAUACAACAGCCAAACAUUACUUCUCUGAAUAUCUCCUAAUUUCGGCACACAAGUGUAUAAAGUUAAUGAUGGGACAACUUGGAACGGAUUCAGUACAUUGUAUGGAGUCCAUUCUACCAUUUAUACUUCUACAGACAUGUACUGUUAAGAUGGUGUCAAAUCAGUAUAUAACUUCACUGUUGUCACUCACACAGAAGGUGAUUGAGUAUUUUGGAACCAGUUUACCUGUCAGUUUUGUUUCCCAGCUGUUAGCACCAUCAACCAUGUUACAGCACACAAGAUUCUCACAUAAUGAAAUGAUCAUUCAACAGACAGUUUCAAUAUACCAUGAACUGAUGGCUCUAAAAAGUGUUCCAUUGUUAGAAGAAGCUUACAAAUUUGUAGUAGGUGAUUUACAGAGGGCUUACAACAUCUUACUACAUGAAACUGAUACAGAGAAUGACAUCUGUGUUAUCCCGGCUAAUCCAUUUGAUCAAGAAGAUUAUCCAUUAAAACAAGCUGAAGCUGUCUGUAUAUUUAAUCUGUGUGCCCUAGCGGAGAUAUGUAAUACCAAAACUAACUUAAUAGCUAUGUGGGCUUUAUCUCCAAGCCUAUUUAAUUUGAUAAGCCAUCAUUUCAAUCCUGUGGAAAAUACCAUUUGUGAAAUGUUCCCUGCAGUUCAUUAUGCCAUGUUAAAUACUUUGUAUUCACAUUGUACCAGACAUGGACAUUUUAUAUCAAGCAGCCAUUUGACCCAGAGUAAUUUACAGGAAGGUUCAGUGAUGGCCAAUGCCACCACCAGUGGGAUAUUCUCUCACAUUAUACAGCUAUUGUCAACAUUGUUAGCAGAUCCCUCAGUAUCAUUCGAUAGCAGACGUUUGUGUUUAAAGUGGGUGUCUGACAUCGUAAGCAGCCUACAGACAAGUUCCUACAUCUUUACUGGUGAAGAUUUUGUGAACUUGAUUAGAAAUCUCAUUCAGUUAGGACACUUACAGGAGUCAAACACAGCUCUUACAGUUUGUCAAAAUCUUCACAACAUCUUUAAGAUUGUCAAUAACUUGUCACUGCCUGUUAUACAAAGUGUUUUAAAGUUAUGUGUUUACAAGUUAACAGACAGUUGUCAACAAGUUAGAGAAGACUAUUUCAGUCUCAUGAAAAUCCUUCCAGCUGACAUUACUAUCAGGUCCAACAAUUUGUUACAUUUGUGUGAUGACAACAACCAGUCCAUCAGUAUCCAGGAAGGAGCUGAAGGAGUGACCGCCGCGUGGCUGGCCAAACGAAAUGUCAUCAACAAGAUCCCAACCAUGUCAUUCCAUUCUCACAGCUUCAAGCAGGUCAUGGCAUAUCUCCUACAGAAGUCACCUCCUAACCAAACAGGAAAAUGGAGUUGGUUGGAAGCUAUGUUUUAUUCCUGUCAACAUGAGAAUAAAGACAUAAAGUCAGACGAUCCAUUCAAGAUUUCAGACUAUGUGGACAGUAACGAGGCCAUGCUGUGGUUCUGGGCUACAUGGGAAACGGCCCAGUACUGUGUUCUGAACAGACUACGGACCCCAUUAGGGAAGGCCCAGGAUACGUUUACUUCUAUAGAAACUGUUCUGAAGACUCUGGCUAUAGAAUCACAACGUCAGGAAGACGAUGACAAACAAUCUAAAUCUGAGGAAACUAAAGGAAAUGGAGAGCAUUACAGAAUUCAGCUUAUUCUACAGUUUAUGGAACAGUUAGAAAAACUUUUAUAUAAUGCAUAUGAAGGUUGUGCUGUGGCCAUGCCUAUGCCACCAAAGGCUGUGAGGACGUUCUUUAGAAUCAAUAAAGGAACCUGCUUGGAAUGGUUGUCCAGGAUUCGUAGCCACAUUAUUAAGAUAGCCUUACAUACUGGCUUCACCGGUGUGGCUGUUAGACAGGCACAUGAACUACUGAGGGACAUGAAGGAAAACGGCAAUACACAGAGUACAGAGUUUGAACAAACCGUGUUAUAUCUUGUGAAAGGUUUGCUGGACCUAAAGCAGCCUGAUGCUCUAAUGGGAGUCUACAGUUGGUGUAGGGAUGUCAUGGGGAAAAAACUUCUUUGGAUCAAAGCUUUAGUGGAGAAAGCUGCUGGCAGAUAUGAGAAUGCAGGAAAGGAAUUAAAGAGUUCAGUGAAAGCUUUGUUAAAUACAGACCAAGACGAUAUGGAUGUAGAUGGCAAGCCAGAUACUGUUAUACCACAGAAAAUCAAGGGUAUACUCAGUAAACACAAUACAACACCAGUACAACAGGAGACACAUCUUCCCAUUGUCAGACUAAAUUUUAUUGUAAAUCAGGUUGUAGAGUGUUAUCAGUCCCUGGGAGAUUGGAAGUCAGUUAUGGAGUGGCAGGAAUCUGUAAUGGAGUAUCGUCAGGAUACAUCUUUUAUAUCAUUACAAACAGCCUUUAAUACAGAUAUUGAUAUAAACUAUGUCAGAGCCUUGUCAGAGUUUGAUUUGAACAACAUUUCUGGUGUUAAAGAGAAUAUGGAGUUAGUUCCAGGAGGAUCUCUAAAUGAUGUGACUAAACAGGAACUACAUGUAGGAGAAAUAUGGGGAACCAGUCAGAAACUUGAUCUGGUUUACCAACACUAUGUCAAAGUAGCAGCUGCUAUCAUUGAUCAGAAACAAAUCAGACCUGAGUUUGUCAAGAGUCUGUUACAAAGUGAGAAGAUUAUUGAGGACUUACUGCGAGUUAGCUCCUUUGAAUGGCCUCUUCUGUCAUCACAGAAAAUACUUACAGAACUGUACACUAUAUUCUGUUUGAGAAGACAACUAGAGGAUAAAACAAAAAAGCCCAUCCUGUUGCCAAUAAGUGGUGAUUUCAUCUUGGACAAGGAUGAACAUGAUGUCAGCACAUUCUUACAAGUCCAGAGAUUUGUUAAUAUACAACAACAUCUACCUGGGAUAGAUAAAAAAUCUAAUUUGAUUGGUCAACAACUGAAGCUACAGCUAGGAAUAUCUAACUUGGCCAGGAAACAGGAAAACUAUAUCUUAGCAGAGAAACUUCUUCUACAACAAAUUAAUCUGCUCUCUGAUGGAGGAUCAGAAAAUGGCCGUCAAGUAAAACAAGAUGCAAUACUAACGUCUUUGACUAGACUCAGGGGAAGUAACUCCAGUAUAAAUCAACUUGAUGUGUUACGUGUUGAACGCACAGCAGCAAAAUUACUCCAAGCUACUGGACAAUUGAAGGAUGGAAUUGACAUCAUUAGUAAUAGCAUAGUCGGCCAUGUUUGUUCUGACCUUCGCAAAGAUGUCAAGGACAAAAGUUUAUUAUUACAAUGUAAUGAAUUGAGUGCUAGGUCACUUCUAACAAUUGUUAAAUGGCUACAGAUAGAACAUAAGAACUUGUCUUCAUUGACAAGUCAGUUAAGAAUAGAAGGAGGAGAUAGUUCUGUGUUAUCCCACAAUAUACAACUCUUACUGGAGGUGGAGACAAGAGGUAGCAGGCAGAAGUUAGGGAUAGUGUUAGAGGAUGCAGAUCAUGAUCUGAAGAUUGGUGACAAUCCUAUAUUGUCCCAUAGUGACAGGGUGAUAGGUCAGAUUUUACAUCUCAGCACAAUGGAAUGUCCAACUCUGAGUAAAUCAUGGUUCACACUAGCUGGAUGGUGUUACAAGUGGGGAAGAAAGUCUGUGGAUAAUGCAAGCCAUGGAAGUGUAGAAUUACUUACAGAUGAAAAAGCAGAAAUUUUGUUCCUUUUACCAAAGGGUACCAGUAAUGAAGAGACAGGGAAGGUUCUGAGCGUGCUCAGUCAGAUCCAUACUUCAUUCAGUAGUGAAGAAGAUAUCAGUGAAGACCAGAAUGAAUGUGAUGAAGGUGCAGAGACAACCAGAAGACAAUUGUUGUCCUGUUGUUUAUCAUUACAAAUAGCCAGUGAGGACUGUAUUGACAAGUUACUGAGUGUAUGGAAAAGAGUAGUUCAUAGAGUGUACCACUACUACCAACUGUCAGCCAAGGCCUACUUCACUUACCUUCAACUCAAUGGAGGAGAGAAGACUCAGAGUGAUGAAGAUGGUAAUGUAAUAGGUACACUCCGAUUAUUACGGUUACUGGUCAAACAUGCCUGGGAACUGAGGAAUGUCCUGGAGCCUGGUCUGGCUAGCACACCUACAGCACCAUGGAAAGGAAUUAUUCCUCAGUUGUUUUCCCGACUAAGUCACCCAGAGUUGUAUGUUAGACAGAGUGUUUCUGACUUGUUGUGUAGAGUAGCCCAUGAUGCUCCACAUUUAAUUGUUUAUCCUGCUGUGGUUGGUUCAUCUUCAUUUAAUAAAUCUGACAGCAAAGAUUCAGGAAGAGAAGGACUUCUGAGUAACUAUCUAACAGAACAACUGGAUGAGAAUUCUGAUGAUUGUAACUCUCAGGAAGAUGAAGAUAUAGAGGAUCCCUCUAGUAAAAUGUUACAGGGCUGUCUAAUGUCUAUAGUAGAAAUAUUGUCUUAUAACAAUCCAAAGAUGAUAUCAGAAGUUAAACAAUUAGUCCAGGAGUUACGAAGAAUUACCUUACUUUGGGAUGAACUCUGGCUGGGAACAUUAAACCAACAACAUCAAGAUGUAACACGUAAACUUCAACAACUGGAGAGUGAGGUCAAGAAGGUCAACACUAACUCAGCCCUGACCAAAGAUGAGAAAUUAGCCAUCAUUAGAGAAAAACAUAAGACUAUAAUGAAACCAACAUUAUAUGCAUUGGAGAAGUUACAAGAGAUAACAUCACAGCCACCAGAAACACCCCAGGAGGAAUGGUUCAAAGAUACCUAUGGUAAACUGAUUGAUGCUGCCAUUGUGAAACUACGUAAUCCAACCAAUCCAAGCCAUCCUAACAACAGCUGGCAACUUUUUAAACAGUUACAUGCUAGUUUACAACAGAAAGCACAGAAGCGAAGCAGUUUAAUACUAAGAAUGGAAAAGAUAAGUCCUAACCUACAGGCUAUGAAAGGGACAGUUAUUGCUAUGCCAGGACUAGGCAUGUCUGGAAAGAUGGUGUCUGUUGAGUCUGUCUCCAACACAGUACAGAUACUGCCAACUAAAACUAAACCUAAGAAGUUAGUUCUCCUGGGUUCAGAUGGCAAGAAAUAUCCGUAUUUAUUCAAAGGACUUGAAGAUUUACAUUUAGAUGAAAGAAUUAUGCAGUUCCUAAGUAUUGUCAAUAAUAUGUUUGUUAGUAACUCCAGUGGAGAGCAGCAGUUGUACAGAGCUAGACAUUACUCUGUGACCCCGUUAGGACCACGGUCUGGACUGAUUCAGUGGGUUGAUGGGUCUACACCUUUAUUUAGUCUGUACAAAAGAUGGCAACAAAGAGAUGCUCUGGCUCAGUCUUUGAAAAAUCAGACAACUGGAUCAACUAGCAGUACCACUACACCAAGUAUUCUACGACCCAGUGAGAUCUUCUACAACAAACUAACACCAGCUCUUAGAGAUAAGGGUAUUACAAAUCUUGAAAACAGAAAGGAAUGGCCUUUGUCCACACUGCGGUCAGUUUUACAGGAACUUAUAGAAGAAACUCCAUCAGAUUUACUUGCCAGGGAACUUUGGUGUUGUAGUACAGGGGCCAGUGAAUGGUGGCAGAUCACUCAGGCCUAUGCCAGGUCGACAGCUGUAAUGUCAAUGAUUGGUUAUAUCAUUGGUCUUGGAGACAGACAUCUUGACAAUGUAUUAGUUGACUUAGCAACAGGAGAGGUAGUGCAUAUUGACUACAAUGUGUGUUUUGAGAAAGGAAAAGGAUUGAGAGUUCCAGAGAAGGUUCCAUUUAGGAUGACACAGAAUAUAGAAUCAGCGAUGGGUGUCACUGGAAUUGAGGGAACAUUCCGAAUUGCCAGUGAACAUGUGAUAAAGACAAUGAGAAAAGGCAGAGAAACACUCCUGACAUUACUGGAAGCUUUUGUGUAUGAUCCUCUUGUUGAUUGGACAACUGGGAAUGAGGCAGGGUACACUGGAGCUUUCUAUGGUGGUGGUACAGCUGUACCCAAUACAGGGGAGAUAAGGCAGAGUAAAAGAGACAUGGAAAGGGAGAUAACCAUCAGCAUGUUCUCAAUUAGAAUGGCAGAGAUGAAAUCAGCAUGGACCAAAAACAGGGACGAUGUAUCAUCAGCUCUGCCCAAACUAAAGGAACAGAUACAGAACUGGUUAGGAAUAGCAGACUCUUACUAUACACAGCUCAACAAUGUACAUAACAUGAGGGACUUGAAAUCACUGAUAGCUGACUGUCUUACUGAUCCAGAACACCAGCUUUAUACACUGAAAGAAAGGUAUGAAGACUAUGCUGUGGUAAAAACAACCAGAGACAGCGUACAAGAGGUUAUACAGGAGAAAAUUAAUGAAUUCAGUCACUGGCAGAAACUACAUAAGCAUGUGAUUGAAAGAAUUCAAGGCUCUUCCUUCCAGAAGAUGUGUGCAGAGUUUGCCACCAAUCUAAAUAUAGGUCCACCAAGCUUUGCUGCUGCCACAGAAUUUCUUCAGGGUGCAGGUCAAGGUCAAAUUGUUCAACAGUGUGAACAAUUAGAAGCAGAGAUGUCAAGUCAUUUGACUGUACAAAGGUCCAAUUUACACCAUGCCAUAGACGUUCUCCAUACUUAUGCUGCAAUAGUUUCACAGUUUGGUACAACCUUUGCUGACCAGAACAGAACAUAUCACUAUUUAUGUUUUCUACAGGAAGUGGUCUGUGAUUUUACAUCUGAAAGGUGCCAUGGUAUAGUGAAUCAGUUCCAUGAACUUUAUGGCAACCAACAUGUCUCACCAAUGAAAGCACAGUUGAUUCUAAACACUGAGGCCAAGCUACAGGGGAUUAUAGCUGAUCUGAAUGGCAGAUUAAUUAAGCUCCUUGAGAGGAGAAACCAAGAUCCUGCUGAGCUCCCUUUGUUAGAACAUCAGAUAAAAGAAAAUGACAAGGCAAUACAGAUAUUUGUCCAAGAAAAUGGUGUGUGUGGUGUGACUAGUUUGACAGCAUGGAUUAUAUCUGCUUUAUGUUCCCUUAAUAAAAGAUACAGUCAAAUGGAGGCUGCAGCUGCAGGUGCUGGAGACAGACUGAUGGACUUAACAUCAAGGGAUGGAGACUGGUUUUUAGAUGAACUCUGUAGUAUGAGUAGUAAUGUGAUGCAUUUUAUAGAAACCCUGAUGGCCAACACGUUGGUACAGGAACUGGUCCACUUCUCUUCUCUACACAGGGCAUUGAUGGCAACACAUAAUGUUUACAUUGCUCUACAGGAACUGAAUGUCAAUUUUCGAUCCAUCAUCCUACCAGAAGCUCUGAAGGCAAUUCAAGCUCAGGAACCUACAGUUUGUAUGGCUUUGGAAGAGAUAGAGAAGUUGUUCUCAGAUAUGACACACCCUCUAGACACCAUUGUGUCCCAGUUAGAAGUUCUACAUAGGAAUGCUAUUAUGGGCAUAGAGAAUGAUAACUUGGAAAUGAUGACAGUAGUGAAGCGUAUGCAGAUACAGUACCAAGAUUUACUCCAGGGACGUGACUCGUCCGAGUUGUCACCAGGUCAGAUGUUACUCAUGGGAUUUGAUGGGUUGUUUACUCGACUAGAGGAUGAGUUUACAGAUCUGAUGGAAGCCAUUGAUGGUCUACAGGUUCCUGAUGUUUGGAGAAAGGUGGACGCAGUUAGGGAAGGGAAGUCCAUGCAGCUCUCUUCCUUUACCAGUAACACUAGAGGAUAUCUAUCAAGUCUUUUCUUUAUCAAACGUCUUCAGACCAUGCAGAUGUUUUUCCAUAUGUGUACACAGUUUGCUGCAAACUUACAAGGAAUGGACGGCGGCAACUGUUAUGAUGAUGACCAGUUAGCUAGACCGGUGAAACGAUUUAUAGCAGAAUAUGUCAGGAAACAGGUGAUUGGCUUCCCCUCACAGAUAUUAGGCUACAUGUUAUGUGUAUUUGUCGAUGCCUUAGGAGUGGAUGUUACUGCAGAGAUUGAAACUAAGGACAUUGGAGCGGAAUCUAAAGUACCUUUAGAAGAUCUACGUAAAAAAGCCGUAGAUGUGUGCCUAAGAAAUGGACAAUUUCAACACAUGCAUUUUACACAAGCUAGUACAUUAUCAAGUUCACUAGAUUCAGCAUGGAGGAGACAUGAUUUAGCUAGGAGAUUGGACUCCAACAUGGAGCUGAUGAAGUCCAGCUUACAUAGAGCUCAGUUACAGUUAGCCAGACUUCAGUGGUUACAUGAAGAUGUGUUUGUUCAGUCUGGUCGACAUCUCAAUCAGAUGGGCAUGCAGAAUAGAUCUACUAUUAUGUCUGAAAUGAGAAAGAGCAUGCAGAGCUUGUUAAGCCAGGAAUCAGGACUGGGUACCUGUCAGACUCACUACACACAGUUGGAGAGUAGUAUUAUACAAAGAUUGAAGUGGGCAGCUGGAGCCAACCCCUCAUUAAAUCUUGUCUUGCAACAGUUUGAGGAAUGUAGUAUCUACAGGAAGCAUGUCUUUGAGGAGGAAAUGAAGUGUAGCACAGAAGUUGUUAGUUUGUGUCAAGGGAUUCUCCAUCUGGAGGCCCUCAGGACGAGGACACCAGAGGCUGUAGCCUCUGAUAGUAACUUUCUUACUCUUAUAAACAGAUGUAUUGAAAGUUGUGUAAUCACAGAAUCUACACACAGUACAGUCACAGACCUGGAAAUACUUCUGAUGAACACUAAGCCACCAGGUGACAACAGAAUUUCUCAAAGCUGGUUAGAAACCUGUACCAUUGACAUUGCAAGUGAAAUAGAUAAAAUAAACCAGGAGAAAGCAGAACUAAAGAAAGAAAUGGAUAUAUCUAGGGAUGCUACUAAAACAGAAGUGACAACCAUAAAAAAUAUCCUGACAAAUCAUCAUAAACUGAUGUCAGAAAUUAGAACUGUCCUCAAAUCCAUGGCAAAGCAAGAAGAGCUUGGUUUAGAAGAAGGUUACAGUACAACCACUGUUGUAAAGGACUAUCUCAAUACUUAUAAAAACUUUUCUGAAAAUUUUACUACUGCCUUAAAAAUAGUUACAACUGAAGAUAUCACGAAGGAUGGAAUGGCUGAGGCAGAUGAUAUGGUGGACUGUCUUAUUGGACAAAUAACUCUGAUAUAUGAUGAUUUAGUCAACUUAGCUCCACCAUUGCUACCCCAGGGUGAUGGACUAGAUCAGUCAGAAAUACAGAAUUUUACUGCAGUGACCUUAAAAAGGCCAUCAACAAAAGACCUACUGAGUCCAGUAAGAAAAUCCAGUAAUCCUAGAGACUCCACUCCACCAGGAAGUCCUCACCCAGGAUUGCUGGCUAAAAUUUCUGGAUCCAGUACAAAGAGAACAGAUAAAGUUACCAGAGAUCCUAGAACAGGGAAAGCCAUCCAAGAAAGAAACUCCUACGCUGUCAGUGUUUGGAGAAGAGUAAAAAUGAAACUGGAUGGUCGAGAUCCGGACCCAAACAAAAGAUUUACUGUUGCUGAACAGGUGGAUUUCAUUAUAAAAGACGCCACAAACCUCGACAACUUAGCAGUCCUCUAUGAAGGAUGGACACCAUGGGUAUGAAUCUGUAACAGAGAUAUCAACGGUUAAAAGUCCUCGUAACCUCUCACAGAGUCCAGCGUUAACGCAGGUGAAGAGAGCGUGUUCCAUCAACAUAGAAAAGCUGAAAUCUCAGGGCCCGCCCGAUGGGUCUGUUUAAAUGAGAGUUAGUUCAUGCUUUUCAGUCGACAUAAUGGAGAAAAAACUAUUUAUAUGUUUAUUAAAAAAACAGUGAGAUAUUUUGUGAGAAAAGGAAUUUUGUAACAUCUUUAAUCAAACAUUAUUUGUCCAAAUGAUUUUAGUGAUUAAUUCAAUCAAGGUUUUACACACAUUUACUUUUCGUUAUGCACCAUAGUAAUUUUUACUCUUUUUGAUAUUUUAAGGGAGUCUCCUAUAGCCAAUUUUUUACAUACUUAUAUUGAAAAGUAGCUUUAGAGCUACAAUAGUUUACACAGUGAAAAGUUAGACAAAAUAAACUGGUGUAUAUUCUCAUAUGAUUUUAUCUAAACCUUUUUAAGUCAUAAUUUGGGAAAAUUUGGUAAAUCACCAAUGCAAAAUAUAAAAAAGAAUUAGAAAUUUUACAGCUAAAUUGUAUUUUUAGUUUAUCAUUUUAAUUUUUGUUAAGCAAAGUUAAUUGUUUUUAGAAUUCUAGUAUGAUUUGAACAAAGGGUAAUCUAGCAUUUAUAAGGACAUUCUAAUGAAUAAAAAUGUCAUCACUAGGAUUUUGAAUGAAAAAUCAGAUAUCUUUUAUUCAUUCUUACAGCCUUGUAUUAAAUAUCCAGAGGUUUAACUGAAUUUAUAAGUCCAAUUAUCUUAGAGAAUUAAACUCUCUGAAAUAAACCUUACUUGAGUGAAAAUGUUUGAAGGUUUACCUUUGCUGAAACUUUGAGUAAAAACACUUCAGAGAUUUAAGUUUGUGAAGGUUUUAGCUAGGCUGAAAAGAUUUUUAUUAAGAAUUGUAAUGUUUUCUAAUACAUGGUUGCUGACUCUGUUAAGAAAUGUGUGUGCCAGUAUUGUUUGAUUAUUGUAUAUUACAUGUACAAGACCCACAUAUUCCUUGAUAACCAACAUUAAAUGCUCGGUCAGAAGUCCAGCAUUCUGUAGAUUUGUAAAUAUGUUUUAUUCAUCUGUAAUUUCCUUCAUUUUAAACAAAAGAUUUAAUUUCUGAUUUUUGUUCAUCAUACUGAAAAUGUAGGAGCUUACAGAAAUGAUUUAUUUUUAUGAUGAUAUUUUUGUUACCUGAGACAGUAGGAUUUUAUUUAUGUUGUAACCAUAUGCUGUAUUGUUUUUAUUUUGUAACCAACGUCUAAUGGGCAUUAUAUAAUUGUAAUAUGGGUAUCCAUUGUCAUGUAACGUUUGACAUACCCCAACUAAGUUCAGACAAUUUACAUACCAUCAGAAGGAGAAACAAUUAGAAGUUUGUUGAUGUAAAACAACAUUAUAAGGAUGGCCCACACUAUGAUCAAUUAAUAUGUGUAUUGAGAUAAGAAAUAAUGGUGGAGUUUCUGGCGAAGUUAGAGAAACAAAGUCUGGUGUAGGUUGAGUUUAACGGGAAAAAGCUUGUAUUUCUCAUCACAUUAAUAUUAACACUUGUUAUUAAGUUGAUGGUAAUGAGAUUUGACAGAUGAUUGCACCAAUCAGACUUUGUACAUGGCUGGUACCUCAUUGUUUCAGAAAGAAGUAUGAAAAUGCUCCUUAAAGAUGUCAGUAAAUGAUGAUGUAUUUAUUUAUAAGCUGUCAUUAUGAAUCUAUUAUAUAACUUGAUUCUAAUUAGAACAUUGUAGAUAUAAAAGUUACACAAAAAACUUAACAAUCAUACCAUAUUACCAAACUUUCUAGUACAUUCUCAAUGUUGUAUUAAUUCUAACUAUUAUAUACCUUGUAAAUGAUCUUUCCUAUAUAAUUGUGCACAUCUCACUAUAGGAAUUUCUAAAGCAGAACUUUUUAUGGAUCAGCAUCUUUGAAGGUCAAGGAGAACCAUGUUAUUGUGAUGUUCAGAGAAUACUAUUGAUGAUAUACAAAAGAACCACCUUCACUUCCAUAUAUGGUCACUUCUAUACAAGAAUCACAUUUAGAUGUUAAUGCUUGGUAGUCCUGGUAAUGAGAGAUUCUAUUGUAACUGAUUUAAAGUUAAGAUGUGAUUUUGUAAAGUCAUUCAUUUAAAAGGUUUAAUUCCCAUAUGAUCAGUAUAAUUAUUGUUUAUCCCCCUUAGAGUGUUUAUUAUUUAUGAUUUUGACUUUGGAUAAUUUUUAAUUUCCUUCAAAUUAAAGAGUGUUUCUUAUUAUUGUAUAUCUAACCUAGACAAAUUUUUCUGUCUGCCUGUAUUGUUUAGCAUUUUAUAUCUCAAACUCUGUAAAAAGACAUCUUCCCCACUGCCCUCUUAAAUUGUUAGCAAGUCAUAUAUGUGUGAACUCAAAUUCCAUAAAAAAAAACUCUCCCAAAAAAAGGAGGGGAAAAAAAUAGAAGUGAUUUUUUUAAUAACCAAUGUAUUUGUUUAAUCUUGUAGCUGUAUAUAACUGCUUUAGUUAAUAAAGGUGUUGGGUGAAA